GCCGCCGGCCUUGUAGCCAUUUUAGGAGGAAACCCACACCGCUCUCCGGGGCGCGGCUUCAAUUUCAACAACUUUAUUGGCGCCCUCGCUUGCAGCUCUGCCCUCGCCUAGCGGCCCCGGAGCAGGGAGCGCGGCUCCGGAGGUGCCGGGUUCCCGCCGCAGCCAUGGGGAACACCACCAGCGAGCGCGCAUCCGGGGAGCGGCACGGCGCCAAGGCGGCCCGCGCCGAGGCCGGCGGCUCGGGCCCCGGCCGGGAGCACAGGAUCAUGGUGGGGAGCACGGACGACCCCAGCGUCUUCAGCCUGCCCGACGCCAGGCUCCCUGGAGACAAGGAGUUUGUGUCCUGGCAGCAGGAUUUGGACGACUCUGUAAAGCCCAGCCAGCAGGCCCGGCCCACGGUUAUCCGCUGGUCUGAAGGAGGCAAAGAGGUCUUCAUCUCUGGGUCCUUCAACAAUUGGAGCACCAAGAUCCCACUGAUUAAGAGCCAUAAUGACUUUGUUGCCAUCCUGGACCUCCCCGAGGGGGAGCACCAGUACAAGUUCUUUGUGGAUGGACAGUGGGUUCAUGAUCCAGCAGAGCCUGUGAUUACCAGCCAGCUCGGCACGAUUAAUAAUUUGAUACAUGUGAAGAAAUCUGAUUUCGAAGUGUUUGAUGCCUUAAAGCUAGAUUCUAUGGAAAGCUCUGAGACGGCUUGUCGAGACCUGUCCAGCUCACCCCCAGGGCCUUAUGGUCAAGAAAUGUAUGUGUUUCGAUCUGAGGAGAGAUUUAAAUCCCCGCCCAUCCUCCCUCCUCACCUUCUCCAAGUUAUUCUUAACAAGGAUACCAAUAUUUCUUGUGACCCUGCCUUACUUCCGGAGCCCAACCACGUUAUGCUGAACCAUCUCUAUGCACUGUCCAUUAAGGACAGCGUGAUGGUCCUUAGCGCAACCCACCGCUACAAGAAGAAGUACGUCACCACGCUGCUGUACAAGCCCGUCUGAAGACGCUGCCCUUCCCCACAGGCCAGCCGGCUCCCUUGCCUCUUAACUGAGCCAGUCUUGUCUCUGACUGGAAGGCUGAUUUGCUUUGAGGCUGAUAAUGUGUGUUCAGAGCCUCCCAGUAGGAGGCUCUGCUUUUGCAUUUGGUUGCAGAUGAGAGCUUUAUGAGUUCAUGGAAUUUAUUUUAAGAUAAAAAAAAACCCACAUAUAUGUAUAUAUACAUAUGAGAGGAGGGCUGUGGAAGCUGCCGGGCCCAGCUCCAUGUAUUCUCUCUCCCCCCAGACCUGGUUGGGGACUGCAGGGAGAAGUAGACAGGAAGCUUGUUUUCCUCAAGCGAACAGCAAACUCGUAAGUCCUUGCUGGGGGGCGCUCUCCCGCUGCGCCGGUGAGUGUGUCUCCUCUCCAGCUGCUGGCUGCAGGUGCUCCAGGCGCCUCCCUAGCGUGGGCCUGCUGCGUCCCCAAAGUGUGUCAUGCCGUCUUGUGGUCUUUUACAGGACAUCAGAUGCCCCUUUUCCUCUCACCUCCCUCCUUUAAUAGCCGCCUUCAGAUCCCACACUCCACCACUCUAAUGCCAAACCCACUGGGCACGUGACUCUUUGAAAAGUAGUGUGGACGUCCCACUAUGAUGCCUGGACUGCCAGGGGCUCCCCCUGAGCCCAGCCCCUUUACUGCACCACCUGUUCAUCUCUGCUGAGGAAGAUCUGGCUCCGCAUUCUAAUAAAGGCCACAGCUUGGCACAUGGCACGUUUUCCGUGGUCUUCCCCCGAGGCCUGGCCUGCAUCCGGUUCCAGCAGACGGCUCUGCAGGUGGGUGUGGAGCCGGGGAACUCCUCCAGGCCUUGUGCCAUGCCUGUGUGUUUCUUUACCUGCAUUAGAUCCCCGUUCAUUGUGACUCAUUUGAUACAUAGACCAGAUUCAGUAAGAAGUGUCUCCAACAUUCAUAGCCAAGAAGAGUAUAGUUCUUUGCACUGUUAAUUAGAUCAUUUACUUUUUUUCCCCUCUGCCUCUUCUUUUUAAACAUGUUUGGUGGUCAAGUAGUGGCACUGAGUUCUGUUUAUGGAUUGAGAAGUAUUUAGUCUGCCUUGGGGUGUAGAGAGAACAUUUCCCCAGGUGUCUAGUGCUUCCAUGUUACAGAUGAGUGCAGUCAGACAUUCACAUGGAAGGAGGCCAAACACUUGAUGGCUGAGUGACCCUUUGAUUCCUAGGACCCGCUGCACUGAUGGGGGCCUUGCCCGAGCUCAUGCGGAAAGCCGGUCCUCUUUGGGUUCUUUUGAUCUGGGGCAUGAGGCUGACGUGUGUGGGUGGUUUGGCAGGAACACAGUGUACUGUAAGUGGGGUUCAUUGGUGGAGGGAAGGCUGCUCUCGCCAUCCAGGCCCUGUCUGUGGAGUCUUCCACGCCCUCUUCUCAAAGGGCAUGCCAUUUUCCAACUCCAGGCCAGGGUCUGUCUUGACCACUCAGGACUGGUGUGCUCGGUUGUACUAGACGUUUGUUACUUGGUGCCUAUGAGGUGAUUGGGCCUCCUAGGCGGAUUUAACACCUUUGUUGCUAUGUGAAGAUUUUGCUGUUCUCAGAUUGCUUGUUAACAGUAUUGAAACAUUGUGUGUGUGUGUGUGUGUGUUUGCACGCAUGCGUGUGUGUUACAGCGUUCACUCCACAACAGUGUAUGGGCAGAAAAGGAGUUGAGGCUCAGGCUUCUCAGAUUCUGUGAACUGGGUCUAGCUCUGGUGAUCUUCUAAUCCAGGGAUGGCUAAUUUUUAAUUUUCUAGUUGAGUCUGGCUUUGACUAUCCUCAGAUCUUCCUAAUCUGGAAAUGUGCAGAGAGGUCAGCUUUCCAGGUUCUGAAGUGAUCUCAGCCAGAUGUGAAGUGGGAGCCUCCCAGCUGGUGAGGAGGGGGAGCCACCGGGGGAGAGGAACUGGCUAGUAGCCCAUCCUGCCCCAUCCCUCUCUGUCCUGCUAGGGGUGGCCCUGAGAAGCCCCGGUCUGUCACUAGGAAAGUAGUGGAAAGAGGGUAACCCAAACUGACCUAUGUUUUGUUCUAGUUAGUUUACGGGAUUGUGUAUUUUCUGAACAAGAGAGUUUUAAGAAAUGAAUAAAGGAAAAAAAAAGUGUAGUUUUUCUUUUUCUUUUUUAACAUAUGGAAUUGUACUGUUAAAUAAAACCAUAACCCUUAAGGAGGGUAGGCUACAAUAUGGACAGAUAGGGAUUGAGGUUAUGGAGAAAGAAGAGCAGCUGAGCUGAAGAGUGAUAUUAAGAAAGUACACCUCGCCUUAACCAGAAGUUUGAGAAGUAGUGAUAGGAAAAAUGGAGGCCCAAGUAACUCCAAACUGAAAACAUCCUUUUUUUUUUCUUUUUCUUUUUUAUUUAUACCAUGUAUUAGGGCUUAACUCAGGGCCCACACACUCUCCGUUAGCUUUUUAGAUCAAGGCUAGUAUUCUGCACCUCCUCUUCUGGCUUUUUGGUGAUAAAAGA